ACGGGGGUUUUGAUUCAACGCAAAAAAUGAACCUCUAGAAUUCAACAAGAUUGCCUGUGUUUCAUAAGGAGCGAAGCAAAACCAGGACGGGGCAACCCCGCCAGAUUGGCGAAUUGCCAUUUUUUUCCUUCGCUGCUUCUACUGCCACUGUUUCUUUCCCUCACUUUGCAUCAAUGGCGGUUCAUUCCUCCUUCGCCGGUCGUUCUGGAGUUCGAGUCGCCGUCAUCGGUGACCGAGGUACCGGCAAAUCCAGUUUGAUAGCUGCUGCGGCUUCUGAGUCCUUCCCCGACGCCGUCCCCCUGGUCCUGCCCCCCACUCUGUUGCCUGAUGAUUGGUUCCCCGAUCAUGUUCCGCUUACCAUCAUUGACACAUCUUCCAGCUUGGAAAAACGGGGCAAGCGCAACGACGAGCUGAAGCGAGCUGAUGUAGUGAUUUUGACAUAUGCUUGUGAUGAACCGACGACCAUUACUCGUCUUAGUACUUACUGGAUCCCUGAACUGGAGGAGUUGGAGGUAAGGGCACCUGUAAUUGUGGUUGGUUGCAAGCUAGAUCUACAGGACGAGAAUCAGCAAAUAAACUUAGAGAAUCUCAUGACGCAGCUCCUACAACAGUAUAGUGAAAUCGUGACCUGCAUUGAAUGCUCUGCUGCUACACUAUAUCAGGUCCCUGAAGUUUUUUAUUUUGCUCAAAAAGCAGUACUGCAUCCAGUGGACCCAUUGUUUGAUCACGAGAGGCAAGCUUUAACAGAUAGAUGUUUAAGGGCACUGAGAAGAAUUUUUGUCCUCUGUGAUAGAGACAUGGAUGGUGCCCUCAAUGAUGCAGAGCUAAAUGGAUUUCAGGUUAGAUGUUUUGAUACGCCAUUGCAGUCAGCUGAAAUAAUGGAAGUCAGAACACUUAUUCAGCAGCAAGCACCUGAAGGAAUCAACCGGCAUGGUCUUACUUUUGCAGGCUUUACUUAUAUCCAUAACACAUUCCUGAAGAAAGGGCGUCCUGAGACAAUAUGGGCUGUUCUGAGAAAAUUUGGAUAUAAUAAUGAUUUAAAACUCCGUGAUGAUUUUCUUCCAGUUCCAUCUAACUAUGCAUCCGAUCAGAGAGUGGAGCUGACAAAUGAAGCUGUAGAAUUUCUGAAUGGUAUCUUCCGAUUGUUAGAUACAGAUAGAGACCGAGCCGUACAACCUGCAGAGCUUGAUAAGCUAUUUUCUACUGCCCCAGAAAGUCCAUGGAGUGAUGAUCCAUAUAAGGAUGCUGUUGAGAGAACUGACGCAGGCUACAUGACUCUCAGUGGAUUUCUGUCCCAGUGGGCUUUCAUGACAUUACUUGAUCCACCAUCUAGCCUGGCCAAUUUGAUUUACAUUGGAUAUAGUGGCAAUCCCGCUGCAGCACUCCGCGUUACUCGUAAGAGAUCUGUAGACCGUAAGAAACAAAAAACAGGAAGAAAUGUGUUCCAGUGCUAUGUCUUUGGUUCGAAAAAUGCUGGGAAAUCUACUUUGUUGCAUUCAUUUUUGAGAAGGCCAUUCUCUGAUACAUAUACUCCGACAAUGGUCGAGCAAUAUGCCGCAAAUAUUGUUGAAUUAAUUGGGUUCAAUGUACAGGGGACUAGAAAAACUCUUAUUUUGCGGGAGAUACCUGAGGAUAAAGUGAAGAAAUUUUUGCCAAAUCGGGAUUGUUUGGCUGCAUGUGAUGUUGCUGUUUUUGUAUAUGACAGUUCAGAUGAACAUUCGUGGAAAAGAACCAGAGAAUUGCUCGAGGAAGUUUCUAGACAAGGAGAAUUAACUGGUCAUAGAGUCCCUUGCCUUCUCAUUGCUGCUAAGGACGACUUAACUCCGUACCCAAGGGCAGUGCAAGAUUCAGUUAAGGUUACGGAGGAAUUGGGGAUAGAGGCACCCAUUCAUGUGAGUUUGAAAUUAGGUGAUUCAAGUAAUGUGUAUGAUAAGAUUGUUAGUGCUGCAGAACGCCCUCAUUUGAAUAUUCCUGAAACUGAUAUUGGGAGGAAGAGAAGGCUGUACCAUCAGCUUCUUCAUCACACGCUUGUAUUUGCCUCAGUUGGGGCUGCUAUGGCAGUUGUCGGAUUAGCAGCUUUUCGUGGAUACGCGAUGAAGAAAAAUUCUGCUUAGCUCAACAACUUUCCUGAGGAUGCCUUUGAGAAAAAAAUAAAAAAAAAUAUAAAUUAGAAUUUUUUAUCGCGAAAUACAAUAUAUAAUGUACAGUAAUUGCAUCCAUUUUCUUGUGAGGAUGCCUUGUUUGUAAGUCUUCCUUGUUAAAAUAGUUAUUCAAUUUGUUUGGUUUUCAA